AUGGCGCCGAUAUUGAGACCUCGGCUGAGCCUGUCCAAGGAGAGGUUCCCGGGCUACUUCAACAGCCUCAGGAGUCAGCCAUAUACGGAUCCCAAUUCAUCACGGGCUGCCGGACCCUUGAAUUUGCGAUCGAUUGCAUGGAAUCCCCCAGGCACUCUUGUUGCAACUGGCUCAGCUGACAGGACACUUCGAGUCUGGAACCCAGAAAAGCCCAAUGUCAAAUUCUCAACAGAGCUCAAGGGCCAUGCGGCGGGCAUUGAGAAGGUAGCCUUCAAUCCCACAAAGGACGCCGAGCUGUGCAGUCUAAGCAGUGACGGAGUGGUCCGGUUCUGGGACGUACGGACCAAGGCUUGUUUCAACGAGGUCACGGGUCUGGGCGAUGCGAUGACGCUCGUUUGGGCCCCUGAUGGGCAGACUCUACUUGUCGGAAACAGGUCGGAUAACAUCUUUGUCCUCUCGCCAACACAAUCAACCCCCCUAGCGUCACACCAGCAAACUGUGCAGACAAACCAAAUUGCCUUUUGCUGGAGCGGGAAGAAGAUUUUCGUCACCACGUCGGAGGGCCAGAUACGGAUCCUGUCGUACCCCGAGUUCCAGCCGGUGCUGCGCAUGGGCGAGGGCGACGAUGCGCCAGAGUUUACUCUCAAGGGCCACACGGCCGCAUGCCUGACAGCCGAGCUGCAGCCCACGGGCAGAUACUUGGCCACGGGGGGAGCCAAUUCGAUCAUUGCGCUGUGGGACACGACGGACUGGCUGUGUCACAGGACGGUUACGAGGAUGACGGGCCCGGUGAGGAGCAUAAGCUUCACAUUCGAUGGCAGCUACGUCGUCGGCGGUAGCGACGAAGGCAACGGACUGGAGGUGACACACGUCGAGACCGGGGAGCACGUCCACACAUUCAAGACGGCGGGAUCGUGCCCGGUGGUGGCAUGGGCGCCAACUCGAUACUGUCUGGCGUAUAGCGAUCUCGGUGUCCUUCGAAUUGUGGGGGUAGAUCUCGACAGGAAGUAA